AUGCUUUUCUCUUUCCUUGCUCUUACUACAUCAACACCCGAAGUCAUAGACUUUACACAAAAAGAGUUCGAUACUCCAUUUUCUUCAUAUAAUAGAACUACGUUAUUUAUUUAUAAUCCAGAAGAUUUUACGGUUGAAUACCAAAAUGGUACCAGGGUAAAUAUGGGACAUUUGCUGUAUUUACCGUUUAGUGGAAAUCCAAAUCCGUCAUUAGAUUUCACAGUACGCUGCCAAGGCUCAAAAACACUGCAAGCUAUAUUAUUUUCUGCUUCAUAUGAACAAACCAACAUGAAAUCUUACUUUUUGAUUAAUACAUUUGGAAAGAAAUUAUAUUUACCAUCAAGUGACUGUAUUUUCAAUAACGAUAUCAAUAUUUUCGAGCCAAUCAGAAUUUAUGUUGCUUCUGAUGUUCGAAACGAUAUAACUUUUUAUCAUGGUCUAGAUAUACUUUAUCCAUCACGUUUAACAAUUUAUGCCAACAGAGGAGAUUAUUAUAAGGAUCAGAUUUAUACAUCUAACCCAGAAACAACAAUCAGCAAUGUUUAUUUCGGAUACUUUGAAAUUUCUGCAGACUUUUCAAAAGGACAAUUAGUCGGAAUCAAAAAUGUUCAAAAAUCAAAUCCUAGUGAUCAAAUUCCUUCUGAUUCAGUGGUUUAUGAAUCUUUUUCAAGCACAACAGAUCUUGAUGAACCUGCAAAUCGUGAAAUAUAUCAACAUAUAAAUCUAGAAAAUUAUUAUUUUGAAAACCCAUUUCCAAAAUUUACAGCAGGAAUUAAAGGUUAUGAAACCAAAGGAAAUGUAAUUUUAAUUCAGAAUUAUCAAGACUUGGUGUUAGGAAAUGGUGAAGAUUGCCCACCUGUUAUUGAACCAAACGGAGUUAUUUUCAAACCAAAGAGUGGAGCAUUUAAUUUUGAUUAUUUUACAGGUUCUCCAGAAAAAAUGUCUUUUUGA